AUGGCAGACAAAAACGAUUUAUUAAGUGAAAUAAAGAUGUUAAAACAAGCUGGACGGCAUCCAAACAUCGUCAGCUUAGUUGGCGUUUGUACUCGAGAGGGUAUGUUUUAUCCUAAUCAGUAUUUGUUGUAAUGAAUACUCGGCUCCUUUUUAUUUAAUCUUUUUUUGUUGUUGUUGUUUUUUAUUUUUAUUUCAGAGAAGAGUCUUGUUGUGACUGAACUGGUUCCGUAUGGUAGUUUAAAGAACUUCCUAAUAUCAAAACGAAUAGCAUGCGUUUCUGGUGAGGCGAGUCGUUAUGCAAAUGUACGUUUUGGCUUAAACGACCGGACGUUAUUUAAAAUCGCGUUUCAAAUCGCUUUGGGGAUGAAAUUCUUAGAAAAGAAAAAGGUAAGGGAAUAUACGUGUAAUACCUUUUUGCGUGGAAAUUUAAUACCUUCUUUCCAUUCUCAAAACGUGCUUACCUCUUUGUAAUAUAUCUUUUAAUACAUUUUCCAGUACCUUAGCAAUUUAAGCAUAUGAAGGGAUGGUUAUUCUAGCAGAUAUUCUUCAUAUAGAAGUUGUCAUCCGUGGAGUGGUAUUUUUCUAUAUUCUUCCUCUGGGGCCGUCUGUCUUUGCUCUGUCUAUAUUAUUACGAGCGACUUUCUGUAAAUACCACGGACAGGUGGGCAAGAAGGAAAAAUCGAAAUCCCCCAAACUUUGUCACAUCAACGCCGUUUGGAAACUAUUUUAGAAAAUACAAGACUCAGUUCGUUUGACUUUAUAUUUUCAAAAAUAAACAAUUUUUCAAUGUUCACCUUCGAGAGGCCUUUAAACCAACAAAAAAAGUGCUUGGUAUCCUCGUCGCUUCUUGAAUGGAAACGGAAACUAAUACCGUGAGUUUUUUUUAUAUAAAACAACUUUAUGAUCCUUCUUUUGUAUCUAAACGUUGUUACAAUUUCAAAAGAUUUCAAUCCGAUUUUUUAAUUUUUUUUUCAAAAUUACCCUCUAAAUCAAUAUUAUCGCGACCAUCAAUAAACGCGGGGUCGCACUAACCGUAACCCUAACCCUAAAACAGCAUUCUUUAGAAAAAACAAAUAGAACCCGACCCCGGCACUGACACCGAUCCCGACCCCGCGUUUUACUGACACCCAUCUCAGAGAAAGAGCAAUGCUUCCCCUAUCAAUCCGUGAAAUAAAAAUUUGGGGCAAUUGAAACUGCGGUUGAGUGACAACUGAAAACAUUUACGCCUCUCGCGUAAUCUACAACCUUUGAAUUUGUAGUUGUAUUGGUGAAUACAAGCGAGAAAUUAGACGGCAUUUGAAAUUCUGGCCCGUUCGCCCCUUUUUCGCCAGUUUAAACACUAAAAAUCGUUCUAGACUUUACAAUAGCAAUCAGUUUUUCAAAAGGAGAAGUAAUUUUAGUGUGCGAAAGUGAGCUAUGAACACUUCCCUUACGUGCGUAUUUGUUUACUUUUACGGUAUUUGUAACAGUUAUCAUUUAUUUACAAACUAAAUGACUUUAGUGUCGUUAACUAUUCUUUAAAAUGCUCUCAUUUCUCGUGAGACAAAUCGUUAUAGCUAUAAAAAAGGAAAAAACUUUGACCUACCUCACGUUUUUUGACAACAGACGCGAAGUCUUUAGCGAAACGAGAUUGAGUGACAGAGAACUUUGAGACGCAGGUUUUUCCGUGAAGACAGAUGCCAUUCUGAAAAGGAACGUCACGUGGCACCUUCCGUAACUAUAAAAGCGAAACAUGCAGAUCUUCAAAAUCCUUAGUUUCAUUGAAUUAUCCGUUAGAGCGACCCUGAAAACGUAACAAAACAUUUUCCGCAAGGGACUAUGAAGUGCAGGUAAGCCCUCGCACAGUCUCUUGUUUUCCAUAAACGCCUCCUUAGACUUUUAAGCUGUUAAAAAAGCCUCUUUUACAACAGUUUCUUUUUGAAAUACGAUUAUGAAUUCAUUACUUGUAUUAUUAGAAAAAUGCUAUUGAGGGGAGAAAAGUGGUAGGUCGUAGUCUGAACUGACAUUCGUCUUUUCGCUCCAUCCCCCAUUUCUGGCAAUCUCGAGCAAGUUUUGCAUUUCUGGGUAACGUUUGGGCAAAAUGUAGGCUUAUGGCACAUGUCAAGCCAGAAAAAGUGAGCAAUUUGGUAGAAAUUAAUGUCAAGGACGCCUGAACUGCGCCCGUAUAGUAAGCGCCCCUACUGACUCUGGCGGGGGACUGGGUGGGGAGGGGAAACUCUGGAAUGGAGCGAAGGGGACUUAGCUCUAAGCAUACAGCCUGUGUUUUAGCUGUGCGUUUGCCUUGACGAUAAAUUUCGCCCAUAUUUUCAAGCAACUCUCUAAAGAAGAUUGUAAGAGACUAUGAUAGAAGUGGUAAGCCCUCAUAGUCACUUGUUUUCCAUGAACGCCUGCUGAUUCACAUUUUCAGCUGUUAAAAAAGCCUAUUAAUUUUAAAACGUUCAGUUUCGUUUUGGGAAUGAGAUAAUGAACGGCUUGUUACACAAUAAUUAGUUUAGCUUGCUUUACUCGAUUAUGUUAAUUUAAGAUUAAGGUGGGUUACUACAGUUUUCGGGUGAAAACUAUCGACUUUUUCAAACUGGAACAUUUUUAGCAACUGAAGGUCUCUACUGAAUUGUUAUUCAUUGCAAUUGAUGUAAGUUAUCACUUUACCUCGUAAAAACAUUAUAUGACGUAGUUUAACGCGAAAUAUAGUGACCGAGCACCCUAAAAGGGAACUGGAAGCUAGACCUUUAAAAGCUGUUUUCUUAAAAACUAGCCGUAUGACUCUAUCGGAAAAUUUCUGGAUUUAUUUAUUACUGAGAAAUAAUUGUUUUUGGAGAGAGAGAAAAAAUCCUAUAGACAGAAUUUUUGCGAAACCCAAGAAUGUGGUAUUUUCUCUCUUUAUAAUAACUAAAAAACUGUCGAUAGGAGCCGUUUGAAAAAAUGUUUACGGUUUCGUCUUUAUGUUUCCGUAAAAUCCUCAAAAUUUGAACCCAGGUCGUACGGCUAGGUUUUGAGAAACUUAGCGUGGAAAUUGUCUUUUUUACGACCUCCAUGGAGAAAAGCAUUGCGCAUGCCUCACCGUUCGGGGAAAACCCUGCUGGUGAGAUCGCGCGUGCACUCUGUUUUCCCAUCCUGGGACUGCCUUUGAUUCGUAGCGAUAGCCACCAUUUGUCAAGCUAAAAAUGUGUUUGGACUAUCCGAUCCUUGCAUGGUUGGGUACAGCGUGGUUACCACAAUCGAAAAUUCACCACUGAAAAGGGAAUAUGGUGACAUUUAAUAGGAAUUUUUAAACCUCACUUCAUUCUGGAUUUGUGGACGAUAAUACUGUUUCACUUGUCACGGAAACCGAAUCGCAUUUUGUCUUCUUCGCAUGGUACGGAUAGUAGCUUCAUGGGGACGAUGUGGGGAAGUGGGGGGAGGGAAGCUACUUCCCAUACAUUCUCUUAAAUGAAUUCGAAACGAUGAUUUUACAACUUGCAAAGCGAUCAUCCGAUCAUCAUAGGUCUUGACAGCGGAUUUGUGUACAGAUCAUGCGCAUUACGUCAAAAACAAGGCUCAACGGUAUUGAGAGGGAACAAAAACAUGGUGGUCCAAGGAGGGACUGUUUCUCACUAUUUUAUUUUGGUAAUUCGCAAAUUUAUUGAUUUUAUGUCGGUUUUCAGACAUAGUGCGUGGUCUUCUUUUCUUUUAUAACGGACAAGUUUUCUCUACAGAGUUUGGAAUAUGCAACUUAUAGCGUUAGCUGCGUUUAGCUGAUAAGAAUUGGAAUCGAACCGCCGAAGAGUUGAGCUAUCCGUGUUUUGCUGUAAACCUGAAUAAAGAUAAGGUCGCUUCAAGGUACAGAGCUUUCAGAAAUAGUAGUGAUUUUUUUUAUUAGGAUCGUUUUCAAUUUCAACUUUGAAUUCAAGGUCAGUUGUUGACCGUCAUAAUAAACGAAGUGAAAUGUUAUGAUGUAUGAAUCUGUUUAAUCAGGUAUGUAAGCUUAUAUUUAUAAAGCUCUCUUAAAUAGAUUUACUUCCCAUGAAUUUGACCCUUUCUCCAGUAAUUUUUCUCAGCAUCAUAACCUCUAUAAUCUUCCGAUGUCCUCGCCCGGCGAAAACGAUAUAACCUUUAUAAAAUCGAUCGAUAGGCCAGCGCGCGUUGUUGUCGGUUAAGAAAUUACACGGUUGCAGUGACGGUCGUUUGCGUUUGGUUUCCCUCGCAGUUUCAGUACCAAAGGAGAAAUAAGUUAUACGAGAAAAACAAAGCGGCAUGAUGUAUUUUUUUAAAAUUAUUGAAUUAUUUCCUUUGUCGGUUCGCCUGUCGCUUCUAAAAUAUUUUCUUUGGGAAAAAUAUUGCACCUAUUGCUAUUAUCCGCUGACCACCGCGCAAGAUGACCGCUUUGCAACCAGUUGUGAGAACAUCGGUCCUCGGUCCUUGGAACAUGAAAGAAAGUUUAUAUGUUAACAAAGUGGCUACAUAGUUCAUCCCCGAGUAUAAUAACGUGUGCAAAACUGCAUCGCGGCAAACCGCCUUCAGAGAAAGACUUCUCCACAAUUUUUUGUCGACAAAGUCAUUCCUCGUUCUCGCCGGCCAGAAAGUCUCUCAUGGGAGCUAUAACGAUACUGAUGUAACUCUACCUUCGUGUCUGCUACUGCUGGCAAAAUUAAUUGUCUUGUUUAUUACGUACGCUGUCAGUGGCAGUGUUGACCAAAAUAUGACUUAGCUUUAUUCUUAUUAGAACCACGGCAUUAGAGAAACCUUUAUUUUCACAUUCAGAGAAUUUUUAGAUUUCAAACAUUUAGGAUUUAUUGAUGAUAACUUGCAAAACAGCUUGAAAAACCGAACCCUUUCUACAACGUGUGACAUUACAACCUGGGUCAAGGACCUCAUGAACGCCCAUAUACUAUUGUGAACGUUCUUCAGUCUCUUCCUUUUCCUCAAUGUUGGCUGCGAAAAUGGGUUCGCUCAGCUCAAAAAACUAUUCCUUAACAACAUUGGGAGAAAAGAAGAGAAGAAUUAGAGAGUUAAGUGUCACAAAUUGUAGUCUCGUUGUGUUCCUUUGUUUCUUCCGCUCGAAGCCGAAUCAUUUUAUGUACAUUUUUUUUCUCGUCUGUUGCAAAAGCGUCUGUUGUAUUUUACAAAUCAUAAACUAGAACAGAUGCUGCAGGUACAAAAUCGAUUAUUAUCCACUUGUUCAUAACGUUUUUCAGUUGUCGAAAAUAACAUAGUUGACACGUCAGUGCGAAAGUUUAAUAUCUCUUCGUCAUAUUCUUGAGACGAAAACCUGCGAAAACCCAGUAGUCAUAAUAAAAAAACGUUUUACUCACAUGUAUCUAAAAAGUGUGGUACAAGUUAAGUUUUCUUAGCGCCCUGGUCACGCUCCCUGUUAUUGGAAAAGACUGUAGUAAGCCACCUUAAACAACUAUAAAGGGGAAAAUGGAGAGAGGCGGUGGUCAAGAAUUGAAACUUACCGUUUCAUACAACUUUUUUAUCUUCUAAGAAGUAGUCCAAAUAUUUCCGGAAACUUUUGUCGAUGAUCCAAAGAUCUUCGAAUACCUUACGAAUUACUCUUUCGAUAUUUGGGUGAAUAAGAUAAACGAAAGUUUAAUUCACAUCACGACAACCAAUAUUAUAAUAUUCCUGGAAGAACACCUUUAUGAAAGAAAUUGCACGAACUGUUUAAUAUUUACGCAACCGGAGUCCAGGAUAAACGAAAAUUGCAAAACAAUAGUCAAAAUCAAAAACUUUUACAGCAAGUAAUCGUUGAAAGAUUUUUUUUACCCUUAUUAGCGUGGACAUAAAAAUAAAUUAUUUUGCCGUAAUUCCAGCUGAGUGAAUGAAAAAAUAGCAUUAUUAGAGAGAGUGCCAUUUUUUUUCUACUGAUUGCCAAACGCGUGGCAAAGUUUGGCUUGAAAAUAACUUUAUCUUGUGUUUUAAUAAGAACUUACAACUCGCGCAUUUUUGAAUGUAUCUGUUUCAGUAAACGAUCCCCAGCCCUAACGCAGGCUACUAGCCCUAGACGCGAACGUAUAAGAAAAGCGCGAGGGGUGGGCUUGGAAAGCGAGAUUUUCCCGGGAUUAUUAUUAUUAUUAUUAUUAUUAUUAUUAUUAUUAGUACUUUUAAUUUGUCAUCCUUUAUUUACGUACAAAGAAAGGUUGUGAAUAGUCCAUAUGUUGUAUUGCCUUGAUUCAGGGUUACAUGGUAGCGUCAGGCACUUCAUGAAAAAUGGUACCAUUGCUACCGAAAAAAUCUCAAAAGGAACAGUUUUUUAACAGUUAGUCCCGUGGCCCGAAAGGGCUACGGGUCAAUAGCCCAUUCGGCAUUGACCUAUGGCCCUUGAGGUCGAAGGGUCUAAUUGUUUUAGUUUCACCCAACUAGUCGGACAAAAAGCAGGUAAGAAAUACGUAUUUCAAACAAUUAUUGGAUGAGGUUUUUGUGAUACCCGGAAUAAUCAAGGUCGCGGUAAGUGUUAUCAACCGAGCCGAAGGCCGAGGCUGAUUCGUCGGGGUUAUCUGCUUGAUGAUUUGUGGACAAAAAGGGGAUGCGAAACUCAUAGUAACGUCGCCCUUGAGGUGUACGCCGAAGAACCAACAUAUCUCAGGUGAGCCUUCUGUGAUUUUCAUUCCCUUUUAAACAAAAGGUUAUGUAAAACCAUUCAGUACGGAGGAUUUGAGGCGGAUCCAAGGUAUCCCCCUCGCCGAGUUGCCAUGUUCCGUAAAGCUGUUGCAGUUGUUCGCUCGUAAUAGGAUUUUUAUGAAGGGUUGGCCCAACUUUCCCCUCCUUCAUCAUUUGUUUGCAAAUAGCGUUGAGGACUUUGUUAGAUUUUUGGAAGGCUGAGUCGCCGACUAUCGACCAUGGCUUGUUGUUGGCAGGUUGUCUUAAGUAUCGGUUGACAGCUGCCUGGAUCGCUUUAAGAGACAAAACUUUGAACUCUGUGCCCUCCUCUCGCCUGACAGCAGCGUAAAACAUUGUGAGACAUUCAUUUAACUCUUCUUUCUCCAUGUCUUGUAUAACUGUUUUGAAUUUUGUCUGGCCUGCAAACCAUUCUAUUAAAAAAAAUUGACUGCAAUAUGCUGAAAACACUUAUCGAAAAAAGCUAAUUUAAUUUAUUUUGAAUUUAUGGUAACUUGAAACGAAACCACUUUAAAUGUUCGCAAUUUCGUCUAGUAAAAACAAACUUAAGUUAACUUACUAUUUAAUAUCUUCAUUCCAUACUUCGUUGCUUUUAUUAGUAUUUUAUAGAAUGGAAAUGUCUAGCAAGUUAUCUAGAAACUCAUUUGCAACCUGGACAAAAUGCGAAGCGGCCGCCAUUGUUUUGGUCAGUUCUCAAAAUCGGCGAAUUUCGCUUCUCAAAGACUAAUAGCCCAGUGAGUGUAGCCAAGUAAAAUGCAGGAUUUUCAUUAGUCCACUCGUUAGGUGAUACUAAAUACACAUAACCCUCGACUAUCGAAAGUCCUAUGAUCCGAAACUAUCCAAAUUAAUCCUUAAUUGGACAGUUUUAAAAAUUGAAGGAUGAUAGCUUUGCUAUACCGGAUUAACUACCAGCAAUAUAAUUAAGUAAAAUUUAGUUUGAAGACCGCUAAGACCACGCGCGAUCCACGCGCUUCGCCCUUGACAAGGUUACUAGAAAUACUUAUCUCCCGUUAGCCCUCGCGACUUGAGUGGCGCUACUCAAAAGCCGAGCCUGCAGUAUCGGGCGGGGUUAGGAACUGGAGGCUGACCCGCCGCGAAUAUCCUGUCAUAAAGGUCCCUUCUUUAUUCUUUCUUUUCUUCUUCUUCUUCUUCUUCUCAUUCUUUCUGUAUUGUCUGGCUUAAUUUUGAAAUCUGUAUUGAAAAGCGGAUCUGCUUUUCUUUUCUGCGGCCGUAAAUUCUGUCGGGAUCUAGAUCCACAAUCUCCUUGUCCAAGAGCCAAUAUUAUGGCUCUUGCCUGGUCUUAACCUGUUUUGAUAAACGAAUGAACUCUUUUCAUCAGCUCCGCUUUUUUUUUUUUUUUAUAUUGUGCCCGUUAUGGCACGAGACCUCUAUCAAAACUUCAAUUCUGAUAGCGGAGCUCCUUGCGCGCGCGAAGCGAGCGCGAGCGGAGCACCAUAACUAAGAUAAACUACCCAUCCGAGAAAUUUUGGUUAUGACGUCAGCGUACGUCCGUCCGUACGGACUUUCCGGGUAGUGGAAAGUAGUCCGCAUGGACUCUUGGGGUAGGGGAAAGUAGAGAUUUUUUGGCGGGAAAUCCCAUGGCGCAACGUCGCGCAAUUAUAUCGCGCAACUGGUUCUGAAAAAAGAAAUUUCAAAGCAACUUAGUAAAAAGAUUUUUCGACAGAGCCUUUCUAACUUUUUAUUACAACUUACGAAAGCUAUUAUGUCAACAAACAACAGCAGAGAGAUUUUAGCGUGUAGAUGACAGGUUUUAAGCAGAGAGCAAAGAGAAGGUGAACAGCAGAGAGCAAGAGUCAACACGCGUAGAACAAGCGAAGACGAUCGCCACAGAGAGCGCGUUAGAAGUAGAAGAAGAAGACAACAUUUUAGCGAAGAAAGUCGGCAAGUAGAAAGAGUCAGAGCGAGAAGAAGGAGAGAAAAUUAUAGUGAAAAACGCCGGCAAGCAGAACGAGACAUAGCUAGAAUGAACAGACAAAGGCAACGCGAAAGAGAAAUACAAAGGCAAAGAGAACGGCAGCAACAUAAUGACAUGAUGACAGAAAGUGUUGUGUCAAUGUCACUAUGGCCUCGCGUUAUUAACAUUUUGAUUUCAAACUGAUCUCGGCAGGAAAACUCAGCCAAUCAUUUAAAAAUAAAAGCAGGGAAGACAGAGGCUUUUCACUUUUCUCACUAUAGUCACGCGUUGAUCACGCUCUACGACAGUCCAAUUUUUAUGCUCUGAUUGGUCAAAAUUUGACAGGUGAGUUCAUGCAGAAAAUUUAUACAGCAUCUUGAAUCUUGUUUACUUUGACAGCUGAAGCUGACAGAGUAUUUUGUCAACUUGUGAUGUUUUUUACUGUCUUUUCCCACUGGAUGCUUAAAAUGAAAUACAGCUGCUAUCAACAGUCUUCUUUGAUUCAUGGCUGGUUUGUUUAUUGAAUUUUUGGUUGGGAAAUGCGCCGGUUGUCAAAAUUGUAAAUCUGAUUUCGGAUGCAUCGUUUUCGUUUUUCACCUUGCUGGAUGCGGGGUUGAAAAGUCCCUCAAGCGAUUCUGGCCUUUCUUGAUAGCUUUCAAGAGCUGCAUCUCGAAUGGUAAGCCUGAGUAAUUAUUGUAUACAGUGUAUGUUUGUUUUUUUUAUAUCUAAUUUCAUGAAGUCGAGCGCAGUUUAUGAGGCUAAUUUAUGCACGUUUGUAUUAAGAUCUGAGACAAUGAUCUGAUCUAGUAUAUAUAUAAGUUUACAGAGCUUUAAAAAGCCUUUAGUCGAUAUUUUCUCUCCGCAUAUAGAAUGAAAAAACGUUUCGAAGAGUAUUUAGUUAUAAUUUUGGCUGUAGAAAGAAAGCUUUGAGCGAUUUUCUCCAGCCUCGAGUUCAUCUCUGAAAACAGUAAACACCAGGAAGCCGGCUAAAAGCUUUAGGCUUAAGCGUAAAGACUCAGGAUUUUUAGAGACGCUUUAAUACUUGUCUUCGUGAAUGAAAAUUGUUGUCUCUGUAAAUGUUUCACCGAAUUACAUUUCUUUUAUUGAUUGUUAGUAGUCUCUUGCAAUUGCUUUGCUGUUUGUUUUCGGUCGUUCACAGACAACGCUUGCAGGAGUACUCAAAAUGCCGCGCGUUUCCACAUCGUUAUAAAACCAUUAAAUAAGAAAAAAUAAACAAUAAAUUCUUUAUUAUGUUGAAGCGUAACUCUUUUAAUGUUCACUGAAAAUUUGGCGCUUGUCUAAAGUGACAACCGGGUGGNUGCUUUACCUUAAAAAUUACAAUUGUGCCAUUUAGUUUUCGUUUUUGUUUUUUUAAAGUUUUUUGUUUGAUUUAAAUAAUAAAUUUAUCUAUGGGAGCUUCGCUUUUAGCCCUGGGUAAAUCUUUUUUUUUUCUUUAGCUCUUCAGGUUUACACUUGGUUAGGGGGGGGGGGGGGGGAAGGGCCGCAUCGGGAAUUCCGAUUGCGGGAAGAAUUACAUGGGGCAGCGUUUGAAGAACCAUUUCAUCGCUAAAGUAAGCUAAUUUCCUCGACCCACCUGUAAGUUUAGAAUCUGCAAGAGGCUUCUUUGACCUCGCUUCAUAGCAAUAGAACCAGGCAACAUGCUAGUUCCACCAUUAUGAAAGUCGUGUACAUGUACUGCAUUGUUUGCCGGCUUUCGAUGAUGAAAUAGGAUCUAAGCAAUUCUCUUGCUACCGCUGCGCGUUUCCUUGAGUUUCGGUAGCGACGUAUGAUGACUAAUUCUUUGAGUCGUCAGCAAACUAAGCUCCUGAGGUCAUUUUUUUUUUUAGAAUAAAAUUGUAAUAAUUUGGUCCAGUGGGGAUUCCUAGGUUGUGAUACCAAGAAAAAUAUUGAGAAAAUCGGGAUGCCGGAUGCGGCUUUCUUUCACCUUUUCAAUCACUCGUUAAAUUAGCAAAGCAUGUGUCGUACUUUAAACGUAAAUUUUUAGUUUUUCGCUAAAUUAAAGGAUAUAAAGGCAUAGAAUAGAAGAGCACUAUCAAAGUUUAACGUUAAGAUUAAGAAACAAAAUACUCGUAGGAAAAGUCUGAGGUGAAUUUUACCCUGACAACGUGCCUUAUUGACCCCAGCAUUUGAUGCUCGCUACAGUCUCAAAAUUCGGUUUAUUUUUCAUUCGUUUUUUGAUAUUCUUUACGCGCCAUCGUGAAGAUUAGACUCUUUACUCCUACUGAUGCUAUGCUAUCAGUCGGCUAAUGAUUUAGUUUGAUAUAUUAUUAUUUUGAUAUGAUAUGUUUCGUAAACUGCCUAAAAUGAGCCUUUGUUUCAGUUUGAUGUAUUGUUAAGCAGUGCAGGUUGUUUGUUUGUUGUUGUUGUCGUUUUACAAAGCUUUUUUAAGUUUCAGAGGAAAGUGGAUUUCAGAUUCUUCUCAUGCAAGCCAACAAAAAACCGCUAAGAUUUAGCGCCGAAUUUCCCAUUUCUUUCCAUUACCAUUGGGCUUUUUUAUUAUAGCCCUCGCUCCAAUCACUUUUUUCACAGUUAGGCUUGGUUAGUUCGAGGCUCUCCCCGCAUCUCUGUACGUUUUGAGCUUUUACCAGUAUAUAACUUUUUAUCUUUGUAUCUUUUUAUUUCUUUUUAGUGCGUUCAUCGCGACCUUUCAGCCAGAAAUGUCUUCAUUGGAGAAAACCUCGUAGCCAAAGUUGGCGACUUUGGAUUGGCACGUGAUAUCUCAGAUUAUGGUAUUUACACCAAAAUAUCCAGUGUAAGUACAUGUAGCCUAGGGAACCGCUUUGAAGUGCACAAUUUU